AUGCUAAAGAUUAAUUCUAAAUCUAGGACCACUCUAGCUAGUACUCCUUAAUCUACAGCUGAAAGUAAUCGAUAGAAUUUAUUAAUUUGGGAUUAAAUGUUUGGAAAUUUUAAUAAUCCUCUUAAAUCUAGAAAUUAAGUUUAGAGAUCGAAUGCAUAAAAAUAUUAAUUGAUAAAUGAUCCAAUAUGUACAUCAUCUCCUUUGCAUAAACCAAAUCCAUUUUAGUUUAAUGAAAAGCUUAGACAAGGUUUUUAAGAGUUUUUAUGCGGGGAUCGUACAGCUCUCAACUUAGUUAAUGAAUGCAAUCACUUAAAUAGAAAAGAAGCAAAGUUAAAAAAUAGGAUUAAACUUAUCAAAAGAGCGAAUAUGUUUGCAAAUUAGUUAUAAGUAGGAAACAAAUAUAAGUCUUUACAUUAAUAAGGAUUAACAGAUGAAGAAAUUGAGAAAAAAGUUCGAGUAUAUUAAAGAUUUGAGAAAAUAAAGAAACUAAUUUAAAAGAAUUCUUAAACAGAACCAAAUGAAGAAAACAACCUCAAAGAUGUGUAACUUUUUAGACAACUCUAUGAGGUAAGUGAAGAAAACAAAAAUAAAAUAAAGCAAAAAAAUCUAUUAACAGAGAGAGCUGAUGGACAACGUGAGUAUAAUAAUGUAAAAUAUACAACUCAUGGAUAUUUGAGAAUUAAAAAGGUUGAAUAGGAAAGAUGGAAUACAGCAAGUUGCGAAAAGAAAUCAUUCAUUAAACAAAAGGUUCGAGACUCUAUUAAUGAAAAAUUAGGGGGAUUUUUAAAGGAGAGACAAUAAAAGGAGAAAGAUUUUUUGAACAAAGCUAAAAGAAAAAUGUUAAUGAAAAAUAAUCAGUAUUAGGAAUUCUCAAAAGAGAAAUAUGUUUUGAAUGAUCCUUUGAGUAAAGAUGUUAAAUUGUAUGCUUAUAUGUUUAUGAAAAAUAAAGAAAAAGGAAUAAGAACAGACAAUUCUGAAAGAAUGUGCCUAACAGCUAGGAAUGAAGAGAGACCAAAACAUUUUAUAAAGAAUUUUAAUAAUGAAUUAACAUCUCGUAAUGUAAGCAUGUCUAAUGAUUCAUCUCUUAAUUCAAUGUUAGAAAUUAAUAUAGACAAUAUGUAUAGAACAAGUAAUGCAAUCUAAAAUUAAAUUCUUUAGAGUGAUUCUGAAAAAUUCGUAAGGAGGAUAAAAUAGUUUUAAAAAGUCUAAUAACUCAAUUUUGAAAUAAUAAAGGUGAAUUAAUAGAAACUCUCAACUGAUCGCAAGUCAACUUUGUUUUGA